AUGGCAUCUGAAAACCCCAAAAAGUCGCAGCUCUACACCCGAACCGGCGACCGAGGCGAAUCCUCGCUCUACAACGGCGAGCGCCGCCUUAAAACCGACCGGAUCUUCGAAGCCCUGGGAGCGGUCGAUGAACUCAACUCCAGUAUCGGAAUCGCACACCAUUACUGCAAAAAGUCCGCUAAUGGAUUGGAGGAGCAAUUGAUCGAGAUUCAGUGCAAUUUGCAGGACAUUGGAUCCAACAUCGCGACACCCAGAAACGAUGCUUCCGAAAGCCAGCUCCGCAACACGACCUUUGACGAGGGACACGUCGAAAAGUUAGAGAGCUGGAUCGAUCGCCUGGAUUCUCAACUCCCACCGCUUCGUAACUUUAUCCUGCCUUCCGGAGGAGAGUCCAGCAUCUUUUUGCACCAAGCGCGCUCCAUCUGUCGACGCGCCGAACGUACGACCAUCCCUGUCGUCGAAGCCAACGAUGCGGACGAAUCUGUUCUCAAGUAUCUCAACCGUCUAAGCGACUACUUAUUUGCGGCAGCUAGAUUCGCGGCCAAGCAUGAAGGUCUGGAGGAGAACGUCUACAAGAAGGCCAAGAGCGGACGCGAGGCCACCGUGCUGACCCGCACACUUUAA